AUGGGAAAAAUACCUUCAACCUUGGGCCUUUUAUCCACAGGGGUAGAUGUGGAAAAUGUUUUAUGUAGUCAUUGUGAAGAAGUAGUGGAAGGCUACCAUGCAUUGGUGGAGUGUAAAUACGCGAACACGAUUAUACAACUGGUGCUAAAAUGGUGCAGAUUUCCUCUCAUAGAACUCAAAACAGUACAUGAGGUGAUCACAUACACUCAAGCAUGGUCCACCUGCCCCCAAAAAAAAGAAGGUGGUGUAGUGGCGGCGAUAAUAAGCGUGGCGGUUGCAGCGGCAGUUACAGUGGUGGUAGUUGCGGUGACGUGUGUGGUGGUGCCAGCAAUGGUGAAGAUAGUGGAAAACAUUGCUAUGGUGGUGGUGUUUGUGGCAAUGGCAGUGCAACUGCCGAUAGGUGCUAGAGAUGUUGUUAAGCCUCUUCUAAGCAUACUUGAGAGUAAAGUUGGGUUACCCAUAAGCCGUACGCUGGGCGUAACCUGGCAUACACGGUGA